GAAGCUAGCUAAAAUGAGGAAAGGGCAAAGACAAGGAGCAAGACAAUAGCAUAACGUGAAGAGGGAGUGAGAGUUUUUGUUAGCUGUUGUGUGGAUCUUGGGUGUGAAAAUGUCACACAGCGAUACAAUACCCCUUCACCCAUCUUCCCAAUCCGACAUCGACGAGAUCGAAAACCUCAUCAACGCGAGCGUCCAAUCAGCACCGCCCACAGUCCCUCCGGCAAGACCCCCCAGUCCCCCACGCGCCUCCAUUCCCGUCUCCGUCUCUUCCACUCCUUCCCCCUUCAUUCCCUCCAACCUCCCUCCCCUCCCCAAAUCUUCCUCCGCCGUCCCUCCCCCACCUCCUCCGCCCCGACCCGACAUCGCCUCCUCCGGAUUCGGACCCGCCCCUAAUACCCUCACCGAACCCGUAUGGGACACCGUGAAACGCGAUCUCUCUCGAAUUGUGAGCAAUCUGAAGCUUGUUGUGUUCCCUAACCCUUACCGUGAGGAUCCCGGUAAGGCCCUUAGGGAUUGGGAUCUCUGGGGUCCCUUCUUCUUCAUCGUGUUUCUCGGCCUCACCCUCUCUUGGUCUGCCUCUGUCAAAAAGUCUGAGGUUUUUGCUGUUGCAUUUGCUUUACUUGCUGCUGGCGCUGUAAUUUUGACAUUGAAUGUACUGCUUCUGGGCGGACACAUUAUUUUCUUUCAGAGUCUGAGUCUGCUGGGUUAUUGCCUGUUCCCUCUGGACGUUGGUGCAUUAAUUUGUAUGUUGAAGGACAAUGUCAUAGUGAAAGUGGUUGUGGUGUGUGUGACAUUGGCUUGGAGCUCUUGGGCAGCAUAUCCUUUCAUGAGUUCUGCAGUCAACCCUAGGAGAAAAGCUCUUGCGCUCUACCCAGUUUUUCUCAUGUAUGUAUCUGUUGGUUUUCUCAUCAUUGCCAUUGACUAAAUGCAUCAAUGCUUGUGAUUUCUUUUUUCCGAUAACCACUUGGAAUCUGCUUCUGAAUAGGAAUUUUUGUUUGAUGAUACCUUUUUUUUCAAUUCUUUUCUGCCUUUCUUUUGUGCCGGCCCCGCUUUUUUUUGGUUUAAAAUUUGGCUAGAUAUAUUUGGAGACAGACAGACAGUUGUAUAAUAUACGUGGAAAGUAUAUGAUGGGAUCAAACAUGCUGCCAGCCAUCUCGUUUAAGUAUUGUUUUCCCGUCCUGUGUUAUAUGUUAUUUUAAUAUGUGAAUGUAAACCGAUAGGAUUGAAGGACCCAAACAAAUAGAUUAUUUUAUAUUUUGGCUACAUGCUGGCAACUUUGCAGAGUAUGUUACUCUUAUAAACAUACCACCUCACAUUUUAAUGGUUUUCAUUUGAUCAUCUGUUUUUCACACUUAUUCUUUGAUUCUACCACUGAGAAAAGUGUGUGAGAUGUAACCCAUUAAUGGAUGCGGAGGAAGGUUUUUCCAACUUAGUGGAUUCU